GAAGACUAGCUCCACAUGAACGCAGAGGGUGCGGACAAAGAGCACGAGGAGUCGAAGUCGACAUCCGGCGAGGAAGUGAUUUGAGUACGCAGUCGACGCGAAGGUGGAAGAGAGAUGGAAGGCACAGGCUGCCCCACAAGACAAGGCGCCAGUGUGCCACCGAUGCCGUAGGCUUGCGCGCGGCAAUUCGGAGCAAGAAACUCUGCAGGGAUCGCGCGGCAACAUGUCUCUUGGAUGCACUGGCGGCUCAAGAGCCCACGAGCGAGAUCCUCAUCGAGGCAAGCCUGUGCGUGAAUGAUCUGAGCAAAGCGGCUGCAGAUGUGAGCACAGACAAUUGGGAAGCCAUUGCCCAGCAGUUUGUGCCCAACUUCGUGCUAAUGUCCACCAGGAAUUUGACAUUGUUAGUGAAUGCAUUGUCACAUGCCCGUGUGAAGAAAGAACUCUGGGUUCCUGCUGCAAUGGCAGCUCUGAAGACCACGCCAAAGCAGGGCUAUUCUUCCCAGGAUCUCUGCGUGCUUCUGAGCGCAAUGGUCCGACUCUCCUGCGAUGAAGAAGUAUUCAUCACGAGGCUACUUUCAGAAGAAUGCCUACCUCGUGUUCCAGACCUUGCGCCACGGGGAAUCGCUGCCUUUGCCCAUGCAGUGACCAAAUUGGGGCAAGAAGCCAGGGCAAUGGACCAUGCCGAAGCUUUGGUCCGAGCUUUGCUCCCGAAGCUGGUAACCUUCGUGAAAGACGGAGCCUUGCUUCCACUGGAGAUUGCCCUUGCCAUCGAUGCACUCUCGCGGUAUGGUGAUGGUGCUGAACCUCUUGUGCCGGGUAAGCCACAGCUGCCAAAGUGGGCCGACAAGGCGACUUCGCAUCUGGAGGUGGGUCUCCUUCCAUCAGUUGCCAUCCUGAAGCCCCUUGAGGUGGUGAUGGUGAUUUCCGCGCUGUCCCGGCGCGGCUACGUUGGCGCCGACCUUGCAGCAGAGCUCUCAAGUGCCAUCGCUGUACAGUUCGCAAAGUGGCCAGCCGAAGAGUUGUGCGUCGUGGUGCAUUCCGCAGCGCGGCUCGAUUUGCCUGGUUUGGUGGAUGGCAGCACGGCACCGAUUUGGUCAAUCCUUCAGCACGUGGAAAAGGGCCCGAUGCAGGGCCAGUUGCUGAAAGACUGCUCUUCGGACCACCUUGUGCUCCUGCUGCAUGGACUUGCAAAACUGCUGGUGCAGCCUUCUGCGUGGCUCUGGGAGUGCGUGCUGGGGAGAGUUUCGGGCACCUCUGACACCCUGUCGCGUCCAAGUGCUAUCCGCCUGUUUUUAGCUGCUGCAAAAGCGGACUUCCGGCAUACUGCCAUUCGCUGUGUGGUGAAACGCAAGCUCGUUGCGGAAGACUUUGCGGUCUUGUCAGAAGAUGCUUUUGCUGCAGUUAUCUAUGGGCUGUUGCAUCCGUUCUACUAUCGGAGAAAGAUGUUGCAGGAGUUGCUGGCGCACGCCGCCAGAUCGCGGCAAGUGGACACUCAGAGCCUGGCGCUGCAGACCAGAUUGGGACUCCUGCACUUCUUCCUCAGCACCAAAGCAGUGUUCAUUCCUUCUUUGGCCCAGAUCUACAUGCUGUUGCAGCUUGAGGCGAAAACUAGUGAGAAGCUGGAGUGGUCUCGCGAGUUGCGCUCUCGCCCUUCAGCUCUACAGUCCGACGUCCACUUCCAUGUGAAUGCCAUCGCGGCCAGCUCUGGCGCGAGAGUCUGCUCAGAGGUGCUUCUUUGGCCAUUCUGUAUUGACCUCCUGUGGCAGCGAGUCCUGAAAAAUCGUGAAUCUGCCGGUGCCUGCCCACGAGAACCGAUGGCGGCAGCAGCCCGGACAGAAGCUGCCCAGCUCCUGGGGCCGAAGCUCGACUUCGAAGAGCCUGGGAAAGCAGACUGCGUCGUGCGGAAAGGGCAGUGCGAGCCUGGCGAACUUCAGGAGCAUCGCAAAAAAGGGAAAGUGACGUGCUGCCCUCCACCCCUCCGCGACCAGGAUUACACAUGCGAGCUGCGGGCAAAAGCGGCAUGCACUCCGCCGGCAGUGAUUCUCUUUCAGCGCAACGAGAAAGAAGUGAAGCUGGCAGACUUCUUCAAGGAGGUCCAAAACGGCUGGGCGACGACCGAGAAGCGGCUGGGAGGACCGAAAGCUGCUGGCGAGAAGGUGUUCCGCAAGCUGAAGAAGGGGGUGCCUCGAACAGAAGCCAUGCUGAAGAGGUCCAGCACCGUGUGGCACCUUUUCACCGACCUGCUGCAAGCUCUUGAUCAACCGAAACUCCUCCAGAAGCGCCUAGAGUACAUCGCCCUGCGCCACAUGAAUGCAGAUAUCACCGCGGCCGACAUCGAGGCCUUUCGCAACAUCCUCCUUGAAGUUUGUGCUUCGAGGCUUGGCGGGCUCAUGACUCCAGAGUUCCAGUUUGGCAUGGGUCAGGUCGUCGUCGCUGUGGGCACCUCAUUGGCCAAUACCCACGAACACUAUGCAGCGCGUCUGAAGCUCUUGACGUCCUGCUGGAAGGAGGUGAACGCCGAUGAUGUUGAGGCCGGAGAUCAGCCAGACGCAAAGGCUAGCGAAGAGGGUGAAGGCGUAGAAGCGGAAGGCAACCACGAAGAUUCGAAAGACAAGCCGCAGCAGCAGCUGAAUGUGGAGCAGGUGAAGAACAACACUAGCAUGGAGCAAGAAGGCGACCAAAAAAGCCGUGGAAAAUGCGAAGAUAACUCGAACAUGAAUGUUCCAAAGACUUUUGCUGCCAUGGCUCGAUUCAAUGCUGCGGUCAUGGGCAUCGGAGACCGUAUGUGGUUUGCUCCUUUGGGACGUUGA